GUUGUUGCAUCUUUAAUGCUGGCGGAGUCCCUAACCUGCAACCAAUGCAAUUAUGGUCUGUUGGGCUUCUGCUUAAGCACUUCUACAGCGACCUGCAGCAACACCAGCGUCUGCUUUACUGGAAAAGCAACUUUCACAGGAUUGACCUCUGUGGGCUUCAACACCCAGGGCUGCCUUCAAUCCACCAGCUGUAAUGUGACCAACAACGGCAUCCUGCUGGGUGUCUCCUACACGACCCAAACCACCUGCUGCUCAACAGACAAGUGCAACCCAGUUACGAUCAGCGGAGCACCAUCCACCAAGAUGACCCUGACCGCUGCCAUUGGUGUAGCCGUCCUGGCCUCCAUGUGGGGAAGCAUACUGUAAUCUGCUAAUGCUAAAUCAUCAUAAGCAGCUCGCUGCUUCCAGCUGCUCCUCCAUAUGAUUCAUUAUACCAAUCAGGGUUUUACAAGACCAAACGCUCUAUCAAAAUUGUUAAAACUAUUUGAUCCUAUGAGUUUAUAUAUAUGAUUUUUAUAAUGCUCAUGUUCUGUGACACUCUUUGUUUUUCAUAACUAAGGUCUUGUCAUGUCAGGGUUCAUUUCUAGAAUGACAAGUUAUAUUAAAGCCAAAACUAAGGUGUCCACAA